AGGCUCAUUGAUAUACCACCUUGCAUAAUAUCAUACUGAAGGAAUAUACCAUUUCCUAGAAAACUAUGAGCAUAACAGAAAAGUGUCAUUGACUUUGAAUUAAAUUUGAACCUGGCCCCUGAACAGCUACAGGAUUUGGAAACUGAAUCAAUGUUAUCAGAUGAGUUAGAAUCCAAACCAGAGCUCCUGGUACAAUUUGUUCAGAACACUUCCAUCCCCCUAGGACAGGGGCUGGUGGAAUCAGAAACUAAAGACAUUACUUGCUUGUCCCUCCUUCCAGUGACUGAGGCCUCAGAAUGCAACCGGCUACUGUUACCAGAUGAUACUCCAAAUCAUACUAACUCUUCCAAGGAGGUUCCUUCUUCGGCUGUGUUGAGAAGCCUUCAGGUGAAUGUGGGCCCAGACGGAGAGGAGACGAGGGCUCAGACUGUACAGAAGUCCUCGGAGUUUUUGUCAACUCCAGAGUCUCCCAGUUUGUUGCAAGAUCUACAGCCAAGUGAUAGUACUUCUUUUAUUCUUCUCAACCUAACAAGAGCAGGUCUGGGCUCUUCAGCUGAGCAUUUAGUAUUUGUACAAGAUGAAGCAGAAGAUUCAGGGAAUGAUUUCCUCUCUGGUGAGAGCACAGACAGUAGUAUUCCGUGGUUCCUCCGAGUGCAGGAAUUGGCCCAUGACAGUCUGAUUGCUGCUACUCGUGCACAGUUGGCAAAGAAUGCAAAAACCAACAAUGGGGAAACUGUCCACCUUGGCUCUGGUGAUGGACAACCCAAAGACUCGGGGCCCCUUCCUCAAGUGGAGAAGAAACUCAAGUGUACAGUUGAAGGCUGUGACCGGACAUUUGUGUGGCCAGCCCACUUCAAGUACCACCUCAAAACUCAUCGAAAUGACCGCUCCUUCAUAUGCCCAGCAGAAGGCUGUGGGAAAAGCUUCUAUGUACUACAGAGGCUGAAGGUGCACAUGAGAACCCACAAUGGGGAGAAGCCCUUUAUGUGCCCUGAACCUGGUUGUGGUAAGCAGUUCACGACCGCUGGAAACCUGAAGAACCACUUCCGCAUCCACACAGGAGAGAAGCCAUUCCUUUGUGAAGCCCAAGGGUGUGGCCGUUCCUUUGCUGAGUACUCUAGCCUCCGCAAACAUCUGGUGGUUCACUCAGGAGAGAAGCCACAUCAGUGCCAAGUGUGCGGGAAGACCUUUUCUCAGAGUGGGAGCAGGAAUGUGCAUAUGAGAAAGCAUCACUUACAGAUGGGAACCCCUGGGAGGCAAGAACGGGAGCAAACUGCAGAGCCACUCAUGGGCAGUAGUUUGCUUGAAGAAGCUUCAGUACACAGUAAAAACCUGGUGUCUAUGAAUUCCCAGCCCAGCCUUGGUGGAGAGUCCUUGAACCUACCAAAUACCAGUUCUAUUCUGGGAGUUGAUGAUGAGGUGCUUGCUGAAGGACCCCCACGUCCUCUGUCUUCAGUGCCUCAGGUGACACAUCACUUGGUGACCAUGCAGUCAGGGAGACAGUCCUAUGAGGUCUCUGUUUUAACUGCAGUAAACCCACAAGAGUUACUGAACCAAGGAGAUUUAACUGAACGACGGACAUGAGUGUGGCGCUCACUCCUGGACGAGCAGCUCUAUCCGAUCCCAGAGUGCACACGGUGGGGAUAAGGAAGCAUACAUAAGGCUCACAGUCUGCCAGAACCAAAACGAAUCUGUGAAGGAUAAAACCCCACAUUUGCACUGUUCAUCUUCCCUAACAUACAAGAUGAAUGUAUGAGGGCUCCUCUUCAAACUGCCACAGGAUUCACAGAAGGAACAAAGCAGUGAAUAUGGGCUGGGUAACUGUACCUACCUCUCAUCCCACUGCAGAAUUUUGGGAUGGACUUUUCCCAGAAGUGUUAGUUGACAUUUAUCUAACUAUUAAGGAGAGGUUUUCCUUUAAAGAGUUUUCAUCCCAGACUCGGCUGUCUUUUUCACAUAGAUGACUAACUAAGUCCUGCCACCAACCAUAAAACUUCACCUGGAAUUUGCGCUUUCAAGAUGCCUUGUUGCUUUGGAGAAGGGAGUAAAUGUCAGUUCUGUUGUAACAUUCUCCCUGUAGCAACCUGAGUGUGAGACUCUCUGCCACUGGGCUGCAAAAAAAGAAAAUCAAUUACUUGAAUCCUCCCUUGGCCGCAAGCUGAGGUUACUAUCUUGUCCUGUACACCUUGACUUGGUCACUUUGCUUUCUUCGUUUAUGGAACAUAGUAAGUAGCAUGUUAAGAGGGAUUUUUGUUUUAUUUUAAUUUAAAAAAAAUCACAUAAUAAAGAGCUUCAGUUGUUUUCCCUUAAAAUAAACAAAAUGGCCCAGUCAGUUCUUUGGC